UCUCUCUCUCUCUCAAUUCGCUUGAUAUAUAUUAGUAAUUGGAAAUGGCGGAUUGGGGGCCGGUGCUAAUAGGAGUAGUACUGUUCAUACUGCUUCAGCCAGGUCUACUUUUCGAGAUUCCGGGCAACAACCGCCACGUGGAGUUCGGGACUAUGAAGACCAACGGCAAGGCUAUUGCCGUCCACACACUUAUCUUCUUCGCUCUCUAUGCUAUUCUCAUCCUCGCCGUUCAUGUUCACAUCUAUACCGGCUGAUCCUAUUCUCAUUACCGGUCGGUGCCAUUUUUCUCUUUCUACUUUCUCUACUUUUUUCCUCGAUCCAACAAUGAAUGGAUCUUGUCUUCUUUCUUCAUCUUUCUGUACUCGACUUCUCUGUUUUUAUGCUAUGCAAUCAACUUUGCUUGUAAA